AAUCUCACCCUUCUCCCUCAACCAUUCAUCUUUUCCCUGGCCCUCACCCCGGCCCCGUCCCCCCUUGAUCAACUCCCCGCUCACCUAUCGUUUCCGAGAUGGUUCGUUUCUUCUCGGCUGCUGCACGACGGCAGAGCGAGCCCGCGUCGGACGAAUCGUCCGUCAGCGGCACCGCGCACUCGCAAGCUGCCAAUGUCACAAACAAGAGUGACCUUGAAAGCCCACAUGAAGACGGCAAGCCUCUCGGCGAAGCUGAGGAGGUGGAGCGACAGCACGCAGAGGGACAGCAAGUCGGUGUCUCGCGGGUCGAAGCCAUGAACAGGGUCUUUGGUCCUCGAUCCAUCCCCUUCAUCUCCCUCGUCGUCACGCUAGCUGCACUCUGUUGUGCCGUUACACUGGAAGGCUCCACCAUCAGCGCUUUCCAGACCAUCGUCGUAUCCCUCUACAACAACCAUGCAGGUCUCUUGGCCGUCAUCUCCAUUGCAACCUCGGUCAUCAAUGCCGUAUCCAAGCCCUUCAUCUCAAAAAUCUGUGACAUUUCCUCCCGUCACAUGGCCUACAUCGUCACCCUCGUUGCGUUCCUGCUAGGCUUCAUCAUCAUUGCAGGAGGUCACACUGCUACCGGAUAUGCCGUUGGCUCUGUCAUCGCCGAGGUCGGUGAGGCUGGUCUGGACCUCGUCUGCAACAUCCUCGUCGCCGAUAUGACCAAUCUCCAGUGGAGAGGAUUUGCUACUGCACUAGUCGACUCGCCAUACAUCGUCUUCGCCUGGGUCGGAGCCAAUAUCUCCGGUGACAUUCUUGGCGAUAAUGCUGCAACCACUGGACAGUGGCGAUGGGGCUAUGGAAUGUUCUGCAUCAUCAUGCCAGCCUUCACCAUUCCCCUCAUCAUCGUGCUCUACCUUGCCGGCAAGAAGGCCGCUAAAGCCGGCGAGCUCUCCCUGAACACCUCUUCUUACGGCGCUCGAGUAGCUGCCGGUCAGGCAGAGGCCAAGAGUUACUUGACGCUGCUGAAGGAAUUCGCUAUUCAUGCCGAUCUUGCUGGGCUCCUGCUUCUGGCAUUCGCCUGGUCCCUUCUGCUACUGCCCUUCGGUCUGCGUACUUCUGCUUCGGGUGGCUUCCACAAUCCCUCCCUCAUUGCCAUGUUCGUCGUGGGCGGUGUCCUGCUGAUUGCAUUCGGCUUCUUUGAGGUCUAUGUCGCACCAAUCCCCUUGAUGCCCCGACGUCUAAUUCGCAACAAGGUUUUCUGGCUAGGAGUAAUCAUCGACGUCUUCUACUUUGCCUCUGGCAACCUGCGCUCCCUCUACUUUGGCUCUUACACUCUUAUUCUGAAGGACUGGACACUCACCGAAUGGGGUUACUUUAGCAACGUCUCCACUGUCACCCUCUGCGUCGGUGGUUUGUUCAACGGUCUCAUCCUCCGCUAUACUCACCGCUACAAGAUGCUGCAAAUCUUUGGACUCUGUGUCAGGAUCCUCGCCAUGGGUCUCACCUAUUGGGCACGAGGCGAAAAUGCCAGCUACGGUGUCCUAGUAUGGACCCAGCUGCUCAAUGCCUACGGAGGUUCGUGCUCCGUCGUCGGUACCCGUGUGGCCACUCAAGCUUCGGUCCCGCACCAGGACCUAGCGACCAUCAUUGCUCUCCUCGCCCUCUACACCCGACUGGGAGGCGCCAUCGGCUCUGCUGUCGCCGCCGUCGUCUGGUCUGGCCGCAUGCCUGGCGAGCUUCUCAAGCAAGGUCUGACCGCCGCAGAGGCAAAGAGCAUCUACGCCAAGCUCACCCUCGUCAAGGCCUACCCCCUGGACGACCGUCGUCGCCAAGCCGCCAUCCGAGCCGCGGGCAACACUCUCGAACCCAUCUUCCUCGCUGCUCUCAUCCUCAGCUGUGUCCCCCUGCUAGCAGCCGUAUACAUGCCCAAUUGGCGUCUGGACAAGAGACACAACAAGGCUGAGAGGACCGACAUUGCUGGACGCUACGUUGAGCAUUCGGCUGAUGCAGAUGCCGUAGAGUAUCGACCGGAGAGAGAGGCCGUCUUUGCAAAGGAUUCACUCAAGCCUGGACAGAUUGAUCGCGAGAGUGGCAAUGUCGCUAGCAGCAGCGGAAGCGGGAGCAAGACUACGGGUGGCCAGGCCGAGCAGAAUCAGGCUUAACUCGUUGGCUGCUGAUACUCCACCGGCCACGGUCACUGUCACGACCUCCCCUGAUCAUCUCCAUGCGCAACCUAUUCACCUCUUCUGGUCCUAGACUUUACCCUUUACGCUUCACGCAUAGAUCAAAAUGAAUGAAUGAAUGAGUUCUCAGAGAUCUCGUUCUGGUAGUGAGAUGAUGUGUAUAGCUUGCCUUCCU